GAAACUGCGUGACAGCUGGCUGGCUGACUCUCGAAGCUCAACAACGUGGCAACAAGACAAAAACUACCACCACCACCACCACCACCAUCCACUCUACAACCACUCCACUCCGCAACACACAACUUAAGAAGAAUUAGAAAAUGGCAGCCUCGACUCGUAAGAACAAGGCCGCCGCUGAUGGAUCUCCAUCCAAGCACCCCGAAAAGCCGGCAGCUGGUGUCGAGCAGGACUCCUCAGACAACGAAUCCUCCCAAGAGGACGACGACCAGACUGUGCCCGUUCAAGUCAACAAUGCAUGCAUUACGGAAUUGAAGAAUGCGCUGGAUGACACGAUGAAAUCUUACCUCACCUCUAAGGUCGGGUUCACUCAAGACUACUUCUGCGAUGACGUCAAGCUGGGACUCGGAUGGACCUCCAACAUUAUCGCUGCUGGAAUUAGCUUGGCCGGUUGGCACUUUGGAUGGGAGAAAACCCAGGGUUAUACUGCUUACUGUGUCGGAGCGUAUAUGGUUUUAUCUCUUGCUUUGACCGUCUUUACAUCGACGGUAGAAAAGAAGAAAGUGUUUGUCGGUACCAAGCCGAGCAAGGCCAGUGGAACUGGACCAGAUAAGGUUACGAUCUCCACAGAAGUCAAGCCGUUCGAUCCGGUAUACCAACUGCAACUAGAAUACGAGACUUGCAAGAAGAGCGGCCCUCCUAAGAAAUACCAGGUGGCCCUUAAGCCGCAUUUCAAGGAGUUCUUUGACGUCGAUGGGAUCUUGGAUGAGUCUCGUUGGAACAACUAUCUCGACAACGCUCUCAAAACUGCCAUCUCAAAAACGUGAUUGAUCCGGUUUCGGUCCUCGUUUUCUGUCUGCUGCGAAGGGUAGUUCCGCUCUUUUGGUAUUGUUUUUUUACUCAUCCAUCAUGCUGGUUUGACCUCAUAUACCUCACAAAAUAUACAUAUACAUAUAAAUCUUCUAUCACAUCCAUCCAUGUACUUCUUGGAGAUAGGUUUUUUUUUCUUAUUUUUUCACCUCUGCUGUUCUCAAGUUCUAGUUAUAGAUAUUCAGUGAAGCAAUAAGUUUUUUUUGUCUUUCAGUCAUCAUUCAAUUGCUUGUAUCUAGUCUGAUUGAAUGUUCACAUGGAAUUUCAAAUCCAAGCAAGAGCCACCGG